AUGAAUAAUCACAAGAGGCGUGUCACUUUUGGUGUUAGCUUGUUGAGCAGAGAAGACACUGAUUCGUAUAUAUGGUUGUUGAAAUCUUUUCUUAAAGCUUUUGGCAAACAACCAUUGUUGGUUUUAUCCGACCAAGACCCAACAAUGAAGAAAGCCAUUGAAACUGUUUUCCCACAAUUGAUUCAUAGGCUUUACAUGUGGCAUAUCACAUCUAAAUUGCCAUUAAAAAUAUUUAUGCAAUUCAAUUUUUCUUUGAACAUUGUCAACAUUCCGAAAUUUCGUAAAAAAUUCAACUUAUUGAUAUGGAAUUCGAGGCUUGAAGUUGAUGAAUUUGAGGUAGGGUGGAAGUCCUUAAUGAAUGAAUACAAGCUCACAGAUAAUAAAUGGUUGGAUGAUAUGCAUGGCUUGAGACGUUUCUGGAUACCUACAUUCUUCAAGCAUGUACCUUUAUCAGGAUUAAUGAGAACGACAUCUCGUUCUGAAAGUGAGAAUUCUGCAUUUCACCAAAACACUCAUUAUUGCUCUACUAUUGUCCAUUUUAUGAUUUCUUUUGAAGCUUCUAUGGAGAAGUAUAGAUUCACUCAAUCAUCAUUUGACUUCAGUACUAAAGACAAACAUUCAAUGAUGAGGACACCAUUCAAAAUUGAGAGGAAUGCAUCUUUGUUAUACACUCGCACUGUCUAUCGACAAGUUCAGAAUGAGAUGUACUUGUCUAUGGUUGCAUGUUCACAAAUUAGUAUCAGUACAUGUGAGGAUGUUGAUGAGUGUCUUGUCAAGGAAUUUAUACAUUAUAAUUCUUCUAAUUCAAAUGAUUCUCAUAUCGAUCCAGAAGUUGAAAAUGAUGAUCAAUGGGAUAUACUUAUACGUGAGUUAUGGCCACUUCACCACUUUUAA